GUAGCUGUUUCAAAGAUAAGACAACAUUUCAAUAAUGAAAAAGGCAGGCAAAUACAUUUUCACCUUUAAUCAAUGAAUUGAAAAGAAGGACUAGAUGUAAAAAUUGUAAAAUUGUUACAGAGUGCAGUGUGAGGAAAACAGUCACUGACUAAAAUAAGCAAUGUUUUAGUUUAAGUGGAAAAAUACACAUGGUAACUGUUAUCCCCUUACAGUUAUGACAUAUAUAAGGUAUGAUUUAUUUAGUUGAUGCUUUUUGUUAUUUUUGACUGAGUGCCAGAUUUCUCCCAGAGAAUACCUGAAAUAUAUAAAGCUACAUAGAAAAGUAAAGAUCAAAGUUUCAUGAGGUAAGGUUGUAACUAAUUAUGGUGUUUUCCUGCUAAACUAAUCAGUUUUAAAUUAACUGAACUCAGCGUGGAUUUCUUGCCCGCAGCCUGAGAGGCCUCUUAUGCUUUGGGGAGGAGCUUCACUCUGAAUCCUCUCCCAGCUGCUUGUUUGCUCCAUGCCUUCUUUCACAUGGUUUCAGCUUCUGGCUCCUGGCGUGGCCCAGUGCUGGGCAAGGAGUGGCUGACAGGAUGGGAAGGGGAGCUGGUGGGUUAGGAUGUGGUUCUGGCUCUGGGCUCAGCACAGAGGCAGUUUGGUCACUUAAUUCUGCAUCUGACCACAAUCAGCAGAGGGAAGAGGUCACCCUUACAUCCCUCAUGUGGGUAAAACAACCAGCCACAGCUUUUAACUAAGCAGCACCGAUAAUUGCAGUGAUGUGGCAAGAGCAGUGCAAGCAAGCCAACAGUGACUGAAGAUGUUUGGCUUGAUGUCCUUCUUUGUCACACUUACUGGGUUUAGGCAGCUCUGGGUAUCCCUGACUAUGCUGCCCAUCACCUUCAUUCACUGGGUAAACCAGAAAUUUACGUGUUGCAGUUCUGGAGAAUAUGAAGUAGCUUUUUGCUACUUUUGCAUGCUCAUUACCUUGACAAUAAACGUAAGUGAAAUUGAAACUGCUUUCCGGAUCACCUGCUUCAAAGCACUGUCCCAAUGGCUUUCAAAAAAACAAGCUGCUUCUCUGAAAACAAAAGCCCUCACUGAAACAGCAAGUAACAGGAAAAGAGUAGUCAAGGCGUCAUUAGAACCGAUGAGUGACAGAAUUUCAGAAUUUAUGUCUGUAUGCACACAGAUAGACACAUAGCAGGAAAAAUAAAACUACUUUAAAAAAAAGAGUUUCCAGAUACUUUGCAAACAACAUGUUUCCCUAAACUACUGGAUGAAAUUUGCCAUACUUGUUAAGUUGCUAUGGCAUCUGAGCCCAUCCAGUAAAAUCUGAUAUUUAUCUCGGUUUGAGAAACCACACAGCAAAAUGAAAAUCCCCUUUGUGUCAUUUCCUGUGAGAUAAGUCUGAAGAACCAACUCACGCAUGCAGCCUGCGUACAGGCAGCCUGGCAUGGCUCACCCAGUAAGGUGACACCUGUCUGACAUAAUGUUUGGAGAGUGACGAACGUUGCAUGGGACACUCUGCUGCUUUUGUAACUGAGAGCAGACCAGAAAAAUGCUUAAAUGCUGAGAGAAGACUGGACAGUCUCCUCAGAGAGAACACAGCUAAUCUGGUCCCUGCUGUGCACUAGGCAAAGAACUGAGACAACUGCAUGUUCUUCCUUAACUCUUGUGUUUUGUUGUCUCUAAUCUUUCCCUCCCUGAAGCUGAUGCCUGUGAGAUACUGCUGGGAAGACAGGAUCAUCAGGUUUAAAGGAAGAUAAAUGCCUACUAAAAUGGCAUUGGCCAGUUCAGUUUCUAGCAAAGCAGCACCACCACACUCCAGAAGAGCUUCUGCAGCAGGGGUGGAAGUGCACCAGAGCAAGAUGGAUUUUUUCUGCAAGCUGGGCUAUGGUAAGCAGGACAUCUGCAAAGUGCUGAAGAACCUGGGCCAAGAGGCCUUGGAGGAUGAUGUACUGAAAGAGCUGAUUCGGAUGGGGAGCAAACCUCAGGCUCUGGAGAACCAGGCUCAGCCUUCCCAGCUAAAGCUGGUCGCCCGUGGAUCAUGUAGCACCACGCUAGGGCUGAAGUGGCUUGGAGAAGAUGGAAGUGAUUCUUCUGAUUCCUUGAGACCCAUUGUGAUUGACGGCAGCAAUGUCGCAAUGAGUCAUGGAAACAAGGAGGUGUUCUCCUGCUGGGGGAUCCAGCUGGCAGUGGAUUGGUUUCGAGAGAGGGGGCACACUUACAUCAAAGUCUUUGUCCCACUCUGGAGAAAGGAACCCCCUCGACAAGACAGCCCCAUUGCAGAUCAGCACAUUCUUGAGGAGCUGGAAAAGCAAUCUGUCCUGGUCUACACACCCUCCAGGAAGGUGAAAGGCAAGAGGGUGGUGUGCUACGAUGAUCGCUACAUAGUGAAAGUCGCUUAUGAGAAGGACGGAGUCAUUGUUUCCAAUGACCACUACCGGGACCUCCAAAAUGAAAAUCCCGAGUGGAAAUGGUUCAUUGAGCAGCGACUACUCAUGUACUCUUUUGUCAGUAACAGGUUUAUGCCUCCUGAUGAUCCAUUAGGCCGGCACGGACCCACCUUAAGUAACUUCCUCAGCAAAAAGCCAGUGCUUCCUGAGAAGAAAUGGCAACCUUGCCCUUAUGGUAAAAAAUGCACCUAUGGCAACAAAUGCAAAUUUUACCAUCCAGAGAGACAACAUCAAGCUCAGCUUUCAGUUGCUGAUGAGCUCAGGGCCAAAACAAAGGUCCCACUAGCCCUGGGGAAAGAGGAGGAGAGGUGUCAGUGCUCAAGAGGAGAGCCUGCACCCUGCGAUGCCUGCACAGAAACUCUGCGGGAAGCCAGAGGCUGCUCCGGGCCUUGCUGCUACCCAGGCACAUCCCAGGGGAGCUGCUCUGAGCAGCCAUUCCGUGCCUGGGCCAGCAGUCCCGGCUCCGACCCGGGGCUGGAGCCGCUCCUGGAGAGGAUGGCAGCGGUGUCCAUCAGGGACGAUACCUACGGCUGCAGCUGGUCCUUGUGCUCCUCUCGGGACAGGGGGGCCAUGGGCAGCCCUCAGCCCUGCCCUGACCUCAGGCACAAGCUGCUCUCACUCCGUCACCCGCAGGGCUUGGGGCACAGCGCCUCAGCCAGGUGCCCUUGCCAGCAGGGAGUGCUCCCACCUGGGCCGGGCGGGAUGUGCCCCGGGCACAGCUGGGCUCAGGAGCGCCAUGGUGUGCGUGGAAUAGCUCACGGGAGCCACUCCAUCCCUGGCAGUGCUCAGCACAAACAGGCCCUGGAGACCCAGCACCCUGCUUUGCUGCAGUCCACAGCUCUGUCCCCUGGCGGGCUUCCCCUGUACAGUGAGCGCCAGCACCGCUGUUUGCACAGCCAGCCCUCAGGGCCGCCCUUCCAGACAGAUCCCAGCAAUGGAACGGGCUUAUUCCAGAAAACACGUGCUUACCCCAGUGCCUCUUACAGGGACUACUGGCCCUGCCCAGCUGCAAGGCCACCCUCUGCCCAGCAAAUAAACAUACACAGGGAGCUGUGCUCCCCUUAUCCUUACAGUGUGAGGAGCCAGGCCAUGACUUUGUACCCCAGUAUCCAGGAUGAGGGGACUGGAGCACCUCCCCUAUGAAGACAGGCUCGGGAAGUUGGGGCUGUUCAGCCUGGAGAAGAGUAGGUUGCAUGGAGACCUCACAGAAACUUUCCAGUAUCUGAAGGGAGCCUACAAGGAAGCUAGAGAGGGACACUUAAUCAGGAACUAUAAUGAUAGGACACAGAGGGAUGGCUUCAAACUGAGAAGGGGUAAGUUUAGAUUAGAUUUUAGGAUGAAAUUUUUUAUUGUGUAGGUGGUGAGACACUAGAACAGGUUGUCAAAGAAGUUGUGGAUGCCCUAUCCCUGAAAGUGUUUAAGGUCAGGUUGGGUGGGGCUCUGAACAACCUGGUCCA